CGGCGCUGGGAGUGUGGGGAGAGCAGAGCGGUGACUACUGCUGCCUCACGACUCCCGGGCCGGCUCGGUGCAGGCGGCGGGUCACUGCAUUAUCUAAGAUGUUUGCCAAAGCUGCUAAGAUUUUCCUGAGAGACAUUGAUGCUGGCGGUGAAUUGAUACCUGUCUCCAGUUUAAAUGACUCAGAUAAGGCCCAGCUCCUUGCCAUGGUGGUAAAGAAGAAGCAAUUCUGGUUCUGGCACAAGCCCAAGUACGAGUUUUCAUCAUGCGCAUGUCUGCUGGGCGAUGUGCUGACUGAAGAAGAACCUGUAAAACCAGUCGUGGUGGAAUCGGAGUUUGUGAAAUAUGAAGAAAAAUGUGAUGAUGUAAUACAGGGUACUGUUGAUGCUGAUUUUGUCGCCGUUCAAGGAAAUAUUGGUGGGACUGAAAAAAUAGAAAGUCAGUCUUCUUUUGGAACCCUAAGAAAACAAGAGGUUGACAUGCAACAUCUUAUGAAAGAUGUACAAGACAGGAAAAUAAACUUGCACCAUCCCUUCAUACAGCAGCUGCACGAGAACAAGAGCGAUAUACUGUGUGUCCUGAAAGAGAAGAUCAUCACCACUCAGAAAUGUGUCAUUUCUCAACAGACACAAAUGCAGGAGACGUGUAGACUUGGCGCUAAAGGGAAAACUCUGAAGGUAUCGGUGACUGAAAGUGGAAAUUUUAAAGAUGAGAACACAGUCCUGGAAAUCCCAGCCCCUACGGCUAUAGCUUAUGGUGUAGUGGAAUUACUUGUAAAACAAGAUGGCCGCUUUGACUUUUGCAUGCUAUCUGAAAAACAAGGCGGCUUUGAGAAAGAAUCGAGUAAGAAGUUUCUGGAUACUUACUCUGGUGCACAUGAUGCUCGGUCUCUGUGUGACUUUGACGUCGUGGAUGGGUUCAGAGACGUGUCUGUGGAUGGGAAACCUGUUCCCAGUAAAGCUUCUCUAUCUGUCUUAAAUCAAGACCUAUUGGAGCUUACAAAGCAGUUUGCUUUAUUACAAGAGCUUCCUGACUCCCUCCGUGAAGAGCUGUAUAAUCUGCUUUGUCAAAUAUUGGAUGAUGGGCAAACCGUCGCUCAAAUACAGGCUGUGGUAGAAGAGAUCUGUUUAGGCUCUAAGCCUGGUUUGACGUUUUUGAAUGAAUUAAAGUUGCCUCAGAAAGAACAUGCACAAAAGAUACUGUCCCUCGUAGGAUAUGAUCUCCGAGAUGAGAAGCUUGCAGAACAGUCUAAAGACUUGAUGGCAGCCUUCCAUAUCCUGACCAGUGCACUGGAUGAGAUGCCAGACUCUGCCUUGACAAUACUUGGUGCCUGUUGUAAACUUAAUCUCCUGCCAGCACUUUGUGCCCUGCCAAACAUCACAUCAGAUGAAGGACUUUGCUCAAGGACAGAACCAUUGCUGUCGGAUCUCAUCGACCAAGGCACAUUUCAGAUUGUACAGAGGUUGUUCUCUUUAUCAAACAUGAGUCUGGAGAUGAAUGAAAAAAACAUGCGAGCAGAAACUUUCAAGGACCCUGGCUUUCUCCCACUUAUUCUAUACAUUGCAUUGUCAGGUUUUCAUUCAUUAGUAAAAAAUCUAAAGUUCUGAAUUAUGCUGGACUUUACCCUUGGGUUCGGACAUAGCAGCAAAUGCAUACAGUGAUAUGUUCACUGUAUUGGAUUUAUUGAAUUGUGAAUUAGUGGAAAAAAAAAAAAAACCACAUGUCAAAAGUCAUAUUUUAUACUUGCAUAUAUUUGCACAGUUUGUCUUCAUAUAAGCAUUGGUUUGUGUGUGUUUAUCUUCAGUAAGAACAAUUUUCUUUUAGCAGUUUCAAAGUUAGCUAUGUCUACAGACAUAUUCUUCUAGACAUUUACUUGUGAGUAUAAGCACUUUGCCAUUUCCAGCAGUCCCAUAGAGAUGAAUGGAGUGACAAUGCGCAGGCUCGACCUGUCGCUUCAUUUAUUUUGGGGGUACAUGCAGGGGCGGACAUACCGCCUGUGCAGCUGGUUUAGUUUAAUCAGCACUCCUGGUCAGUAAGGCUGGAUCCACAGGGUCAAAUUUUUAACAAAUCACGGCAAAAAAAAAACACAGCAUUUUGCCGCGAUUUUAUAAAAAAUUGGACCUUGUGGACCCAACCUUACUGACUAGUAGAUGGAGAGGUGAUUAUGUAUAUGCAUGUGUAUGUGAGAGUGCAUGCAUAUGACUGUGUGUAUGUGAGAGUGGCUGCAUGUAUAACAGUGUGUGUACGUGAGAGUGCCUGCGUGUAUGACAGUCUGUGUAUGUGAGAGUGCCUGCGUGUAUGACAGUGUGUGUAUGUGAGUGCCUACAUGUAUGACAGUGUGUGUAUGUGAGAGUGCCUACAUGUAUGACAGUGUG